GGUUCUUCUAAGGCACCACCCAGCUGGGGAGCUGCAGCAGAACCAGCUCUCCCCUCGCUGUGUCCCUCAGCCGCCCGGUUAUGCCCGGGAAGGUUGGGACCCAGUCACAGCAGCUGAGGCGAUGUGGUGGGCUCUCGUUCUCUUACACUCCUUCCUGAGCUCUCUGCUGGAGACCCGAGCCCAUCUGCAGUCAGUAAAUGCUGGAUCUUGCUGCUCUUGUCCUUACCUCAGGAACACAUUCUCUGCAAUAUUUCUAUUUGGCCAUGUCUGAGGCUGCACCAGGUGUCCCUGCAUUUACUGCUUUCGGAGUCAUGGACGACCAGCCCUUCAUUCGCUAUGACAGUGAGGAGAUGCAGGCAAAAUCUUGUGUUCAGUGGUUGAAGGAGGGGCCAAGUUACUUCAGUGAUGAGACCAAGAUCUUCACCAGUCGGAUGAAGAUCUUCCGCUUAAAUCUGAGGAACGUGCAGCGAUAUUACAACCAGACCAUGGAGGAUGGGCUGAACAAAGCCCUGGAGCACAAGGAAACAGGUCCCCACACCCUCCAGUUCAACUACGGCUGUGAGCUCCAGCAGGAUGGCCGGACCUCAGGGCACUGGCAGUAUGGCUAUGAUGGUGCCGACUACCUGAGCUUGCAUCUGGAUCCUCUGCAGUACACAGCGGCCACAUUCAUUGCUCAAUAUACCAAGCAAAAAUGGGAGGCCGAUAGGAACUUCAUAGAGAGAGACAAGAACUACUUGGAGAAAGAGUGCAUUGUCUGGCUGCGGAGAUACUUGGAGUUUGCAGGGGAGAGCUUGAACCGCACUGACCCUCCAAAGACAUAUGUGACCCGCCACCCCAGCUCUGACCUCUGGGUCACCUUGAGGUGCUGGGCCCUGGGCUUCUACCCUAAGGAGAUCUCCCUGACCUGGCAGCGGGAGGGCCAGGACCAGAGCCAGGACAUGGAGCUCGUGGAGACCAGGCCCUCAGGGGAUGGGACCUUCCAGAAGUGGGCGGCCCUGGUGGUACCUUCUGGAGAGGAGCAGAGCUACACCUGCCAUGUGCAGCACGAGGGCCUGCAGGAGCCCCUCACCCUGAGAUGGGACCCUCCUCAGCCCCCCGUCCCCAUCGUGGGCAUCAUUGUUGGCCUGGUUCUCGUCCUGGUCGCUGGGACCAUGGUGGCUGGAGUUAUGAGCUGGGAGAAGAAGCGCUCAGGUGAAAAAGGAGGGUGCUACACUCAGGCUGCAGGCAGUGACAGUGCCCAGAGCUCUGGUGUGUCCCUCAUCAAGGAUCCUAGAGUGUGAGACAGCUGCCUUGUGGGGACUGAGUGACACAGAUUUGUUCACGUCCCACUUUGUGACUUCGGAUCCCCUGCCUCCUGUUUCUGCAGCAGCAUUUGAAUGUAUCUGUGUCCCUAUGAGCAUCCUGAGAGGAGGUGGGGACCCUGGCCCAGCCCUGCCCCCCACGUCCCCUCCUCACCCUGGCAUGUAUUCUCUUCCCUGAUCCUCUUUCCAGUUCUCGCAAGUGGGAGCCGGGUGGGGGGUGGGGGGUGGGGGCGGGCACUGGACCAUCUCCAUCCUUAUCUUAACUUCACUGCCCUGAGUAAUUAAUGUCUUCCUGUAGAAAAUAAAAUCUCUGUGAAUUUGCUUUUUCUAAUCAGUGCCAUGAGGAGUUGAGGGGAUGAUAAAUGAGAGAUUUCCUAAGUUUGAAAGAGGAAAUAAAUGGAAGGACCUUCCAGAAUCCA